AUGUCUAAUGAUGGAAAGAAAGUCAGCGGGACUUUUAUGCCGAAAAACGGGUUGCUGGUCCAGUUCAUGUCCAAGAAAUCUGUUCCACAUCCAGCGGCCCAUCCGGCGCAAAAUACCUCAGGCGCCACUGGCAGCACGUCCUUGAAGGUCUGGACAGAUCGCCCUGUGGUACAGUCUAAGGACCAACCCACCAGCGGAAACACGCCCAGUCCUCUGCAUUUGGGCUCUGCACUACUAGCCAAUGUCUCGACGAAGGAACCCAAGGGCCCCGGCGUAUCCUCGGUCACUGCAAAGCCCAGGCCCAACGCAUGGAAGCAGGACGAUGGCCAACAGCAUUGCCUAAGUGAACUAACCGGACCCUCAACCCUAUCUUCUAACCCAGCACUGCAAAACAUGGGCACGCCGCGAAAAUCAGACGACCAUGUUGUACUGCAAACCAAUACCGAUGAUGUUAAAGCACAUAGUAACGGAGGUCGCCUUAGGUCAAGCUCCCCGCUCCAACGGCCAUCUGCGCAAAUAAAAUCCUCACCUACGCGUUCAGAAUCUUCUCGUUCGCUACAAAACGCAUACAAUGGCCUUGUGACGUCCAAUCUGCCACCCUCAUUCCCGCAAAACCCAUCGUCACUAGAGGUGCCACUGUUAGUUUGCCCAGAUUACGCCAGAAACUUUGGACAGUGCCCACUGGCCCAUCAGUGCCCAAAACUUCAUGUAGUACUGCUUCCCACCCUUUCAAAGUCCUAUGGAAUCCCGGGACUGGAGUUCCUCCCCUCGGCCGUACCGCUUGAUUUGAUUAAAAAACACUAUAAUUCCAGAAAGAAGCAUGACUCGGAUAUAGGAGACGGAACUGAUGAAAAACAGCCAUAUACGCCUCCUGGACCCCCUCCGCUUAAUGGAGAAGGGGCCUCUAUCAACCCUAAAUAUCGUAACCCUGGCCACGCCCGUUUCCUCCAGAAACCUAACCAGCCCAUCCACGGCACCCCUACCUCUGGAAUUGAUGCAGCGUGGAACUCGCCUCGCGCCAAAAAUUCCCAUUUGCCUCGAGGCAAAGACCCCAAGGGAAAGGCCUCCCGCCUGGACGGACCUACUUCUGCGGACUCCAACCCCGUAGACCCUAAUAGGAAUAACAGGGACCCCAACAGGGAUAACAGGAACCCUAAUAGGGAUAACAGGAACCCUAAUAGGGAUAACAAGGACCCUAAUAGGGAUAACAAGGACCCUAAUAGGGAUAACAAGGACCCUAAUAGGGAUAACAAGGACUCUAUUGGGGAUAACAGGGACCCUAAUAGGGAUAACAAGGACUCUAUUGGGGAUAACAGGGACCCUAUUAGGGAUAACAUAGUCCCUUCCGGAGACACUGCUAAGGACAAGAUGUGUAGUGGUGAGGAAGGAAGCAAGAACGAGCAGGCCGAGGCACAGAAAAUUAAGGGCAAAGGCGCGAAGAUGGCGCCGAAAAAGAACACUUUUGAGAUGAGGGGUUCUACUCGUAGGCAUUUUGGGUCGAUGAGUUGGCGGAAAAGGGGGCAGGUCAAAGAAGCUUGA